UAAAGUUAAAAUAUAUGUAAAUACUCGUAUGCAUAUAAAUUUUAUUAGUUUUUUAACGUAAACUUUGAACUGGUAUCACCUCCAGUAUCAUCGCGCUAAAUUUCGGCUAUUUCAGUUUUAAUUUAUAAGCACUGAUGUAAAACUUGCUUCAAGAUCUGCAAUAGCAUAGUUUAAUCCGGAUAAAACGGAAUUAAUGCGAACACCACCUGGCUUUUAAUUAAAACAAUCCGUUCUCGUUAUCCCUUCGAUACUCGUACUGCUCGUAUAUAUCUCAUUACACGUAAAGAACAGUCAAACCAACAACAAUUCACAUGCGCGAUGUACGAAAUCCAUAAUUUUAUAAACGUACUCUUUUGUGCCACAGUAAUACCUGGAUCAUUGCUUCUAAUUUGGAUGAUUGGGCUAAUCUCCCUAAUUCUAGCUCAAAUAGGCUGUGUAAUUCUGCUUACGGUAUUCGUUAUAUUUCCAGUUAUUUUUCGUUACUCCAUAACAUUGCAAAGAGGCAUACUUUUUUUAACAUUUAUAAGAUAUCCCAAAGAUCUCGAUUUAACGAACCCAGCCAGUAUUGGUCUUUAUGGUACUAGAAAUUUUUAUCUAACCGUUAAAGACUCAGACGUUGAUGAUGAGGAGGGUGUGAGAAUUGGUGUUUGGCACGUCUUACCGGUAUAUAUGGUAAAACGUUUUGCUAGCGAAUUAAAAAUUGAUCAAGACUAUUUGCAAGAAGACUUGUUCAAUACUACAGAAACCAAAGAUGAAACAAUUGAUCAAUUGGAACCUACACUUAAGUCCGAAUUUCCGGAGGUAACUGCCGAAAAUGAACAAUUAUUUUAUGAGCGCUUGCUGAAAAUACCAGGCACCAUUAUACUAUAUUUGCAUGGUAAUACUGCGACUCGUGGCUCCGGUCAUCGUGCAGAAGUGUAUCGAGUUAUAAGAAAAUUAGGCUAUCAUGUGCUCUCAUUAGACUAUAGAGGCUAUGCUGAUUCAGAUCCUGUGCCGCCAACCGAAGAAGGAGUGGUACGAGAUGCUAUGGCAGUGUAUCAGUACAUAAGGAAUAUCACAUCAAACCCUAUUAUAAUAUGGGGUCAUUCACUAGGAACGGGCGUUUCAACGAAUUUAUGUGCUCAACUUAAUUAUAUGAAUGAACAAGGACCACGUGGCGUUAUAUUAGAAAGUCCUUUCACAAAUAUACGUGAAGAAAUACGUUUACAUCCUUUUGCACGCCUCUUCAAACAUUUGCCGUGGUUUGAUCUCACUAUAUCGCGUCCAAUGUACAGCAAUUCUUUGCGUUUUGAAUCUGAUCAUCAUAUAAGUCAAUUUCGUCAACCCAUUUUGAUCAUACACGCCGAAGAUGAUUAUGUUGUGCCAUUCCAUUUGGGUUAUAAACUUUAUCGGAUUGCACUUGAUACACGCGGAAAAUCGUGGGGUCCUGUUGAGUUUCAUCGUUUCGACGGCUCAAUGGCUUACGGCCAUAAGUAUCUGUGCCGCGCACCGAACUUACCCGGUUUGAUCAGUAAUUUCGUAAACACAUAUCGCAAUGAAGUUUAUUAAAUAUUUAUUAAAUUUGUUAAAUGGUUUUAUAUUUGAAUUAACAAAUUAUGAAGAAAUAAUGCGGUUUUUGAAGCAAAGUAAUUUUUGCUCAGUUUCAAUCAAACUGAAGUGUACUGGUCUUUCUCACUUGUUAUGUGAGUUAAAUUAUGCGGUGAUAAAUUUAUGUAUCCUUUUGAAUAGUUGCUAAAAAUUUGCUGUAAAGAACUUAAAUUGUAUAUUUGCAAGAUAUUAUUUUGUUAUUAAUAGUGAUUUGUAAUUAUUUUUUUUCUAAAUUUUAUUUGAACAAUUAAAAAAUUUGAACGAAAGAGUGAUUUUGCUUUUUCAAACUUAGAAACAAUAAUGAAAACAAUAAACCUAACAUUGUAUCAAUGAUCAUGAGAA